UUCUCUUCCGGUUCUGUUGCCGCUGUUCGGCUUGUGAUGUAGCAGUUCAUGCUAGGCAGGACUGAAUGCGGUUCUGGUGGGAACGUUACCGCGUAAUUUCAACUUUAUGUAUCCGACAGACAUGUAGUGGCGACUGUAGACUGAACACCGCAGCUUGUUUUGUGUUUUUAACAGUAAUUUUGUCUGAAAAACCACCAGCCUUCACCUGACUGUAGUUUACAAACAAUAAUUAACGUUCCGGUGCGCGGCGUCACAAACAACACAGGACGUCUUCUGUCCCCCAAUAAGUUAAUACGACGACUCCCCAAGACCAGUAAAAAAAAAUGCCAUCAAGAAAUCAUCUUGACAAGAUCGGGAGGAAGAAGAAGAAGAAGUGGACAGAGGAGGCCAUGGAGCGUGCACUAAUCGAGGUAAAGUCGGGAAGGUGCACGGUGAGACAGGCUGCCAAGGAGUUUGGAGUCCCUAAAUCUUCACUGGGGGACAGAGUCAGUGGACGGGUGACACCAGGGAGUCGCAGCGGGCCCGCUCAGCUUAUAACAUCUGCAGACGAGGAGCUGUUAGUGGAGUUCUCUUUAUACAUGUCCAAGCAUGGAUUCCCACUGACUAAACAACAGCUGGUGUCCUUUGCUUCAUCCAUUUAUAAGCGGCAGCACCGGAGGGUGGCAUUUUCUAAACUAGGCCAGACCUGGUGGCUCAAUUUUAGAAAACGGCAAGAAAAGAAUAUUGCCAUUCAGCCAGCAGACAAUGUUGUCCGUGGGAGGACCGCAUGUGUGAGGAAGGAAGCAGUGGAUCAGUUUAUUAAUUUAUUGAACACUGUCGUGGAUGCUCGUGGGCUCAGACACAAGCCUCACCAAAUCUUUAACUGCAAUGAAACAGGCUUCCAGCUGGGCAGGAAGAGAGUGAUUCUCCCCAAAUCUGCCAGUCUGGGCUACAAGCCAACACCAGGCUUGAGAGACCACAUCUCCGUCCUGGCUUGCUUUAGCGCAGCUGGAGAGGACAUUCCCCCAUUUAUUGUCUACUCAAAGGCCUAUCCAGGGGGAGUAUGUUACAAGACACAAGGACCUCCAAAUGCCCUCUAUGGAUGGUCAGAUUCGGGCUGUAUCAACUCAGAGCUUUUUAAGAAAUGGUUUCUCAAACACUUUCUCCUGCACGCACCGAAGGAGCGUCCGCUGCUGCUGAUUUUUGACGGACACAAGUCUGCUGUGAACCUUGAGGUGGUGGAAGCAGCUCGUAAAGAGGACGUCAUCCUUCUGUGCCUUCCGCCUCAUUGCUCUCACAUCCUGCAGCCACUCGACGCUGGUCUCUUUGUUCUCCUGAAGCAGCGUUUUGCAGCCCUCGCAGGUGAUGGUUGUGCCACUGAUACUCACUUCGCAGUCAGUAAGAAGGAGUUCUCAGGUGUAUUUAAAGGGACGUAUCAGGUAGUGAAGGAGGAGGAGGGCAUUAGGACUGUGAAAGAAGGCUUCAGGAAAUGUGGCAUCUACCCACUGGACCACUUCACCAUCACAGAGGGUCAUUUAAUGCCAUCGCACAGCAUGGGCCCAGCAGCUGGACCCUCCUUGUCCACAUCAGUACAGGGUGUGCACACUGUAGGAGACCUCACAGUUGCUGGACCCUCCUCCGAACUCAUUACUACCCAAGAAUAUCGGGCAGCUGUCAUUCAGGAUCAUUUAACUAAACCUAAAUGAACUGGUUCUAUCAUUUGCAAUACUGAAUGAGUUCACUCCUGCUUGAGUAUCGUGCACCACCUCCCCCGGCCUCCCUGCAGAGCGCCCCGUUUGUUAGCUUGCCAGAAGAAAGGGGUGUGUUAAUUACAUGCCAACAGUCAGAUUUAGAAGUUGAGUAAAAAUGUUGCACAACAGUGGUUCCCAAACAUGGGGGGGAUGGAGUAGGGGGGCAAUAAGAAAGAAAAAUAUCAAUUUCUGAUGCACAAAAUUUAAUUUCUCUAUUUAUUGCAUUUUUCUUGUGAAAUUCUGGAUACAUGUCCAAAUUAAGGCCAUAACCUGUGAGGAGGGAUCAGAUGUAGACUCUGCUUUAUUUUAGGGGAUCCCAAGCUAAAAAGAUUGAGAACUACUGCUGUACAACAAAUUAACCUUAGCUCUGUCAUUUUCUGUGUCAGCUAGCUAAGCUAAUUAACAUCAAGCAGUACGAAUAGAGACAUAGUUGUGCUUGAUUUCUUCAUUGGUGGAUCCUAGUCAGUAAGUCUAGAAGGUGUCUGCUGUGAGCUAGCUUUCUAAUUCUGUUCUGAUUGACAGAUUGUUAACAAGUGUUAUGUUGUUUGAGUUUGCAUCAUUACAUGAACUAGUACAUUGUGAAAAUGUAGUUGGAUAAUAAGGAAAAGAUCUACUCAUAAAACUUGUUACUAACUGAUUCUCCUUUGUGGUGUUCAAGCCUGCUGUGAAACACGAGGGGUUAACUGUUUUUUUUAUACUGAUAGAAGGGAAACGGAAACAUGUCUUUGAACUCUGUUCAGCUGUGAAUCUCUUAUUCAUUUCCUUCGUAUUCUGAAUGUACUUGAUUCAUUAAGUAGUUACAAAAGGAAUAUAUUGUUUAAAAUUCAGAAAAACUUUUGAUGAAAGUUUAGCCGUUUUUAAUUUGGGGAUGGGUUAUUGUUUUUUAUUCACACAGAAGAAUGGUCCCUGCAGGGAAAACACAGAGUAAAAUAAUUUCUUACAGCACAAAUGUGUCCAUAAGCUUAAUAAUUUACUAAAGGGGGUUGUACUUGUGUUUGUCGUGUACAUGUUCAAGUCAGGUGAUGUAAUAUCAAUGCAACAGGUACAGCUGACAACACUACACAGGCAGGGGACACUACUGCAUAUAUCAAUAAUCAUACUCACUGUGUAAAUAGUCAAUGGAUGUUUACAUCUGUUUACCACCAUUAUUCUACAGUAGCUCAAACAGACAAACUGCACUACAGAGCCCGUUUUGUCACUACAUUGAAUAUGUACAAGGAAGAAGAAGUAGUAAUAGUCUGGUUUGUUAAAAGUAAGAAGAGAUGUGAAAUUUGGACAAAUAGAGGACCAUACGUAGUAUUUAGCAGAAGAGCCAACACAGCGUGUCAGCCACCAUAGCUUCUACUAUGCGCUUUCAAAGGGAGGGAUCAGUGGUGACAGCAAUUUAGUUGCAAUUCACAACUUUCACCACUAAAUGCCACUAAAACUUACACACUGAGCCUGUAACACACAAUCACAAAAACCUGAUGCAUGGCAAAAUGUUUGCACAGCUCAAACUGAUUUAUAUUUAUUCUAUAAUUUAUAAUAUUCAUUAAAAAGCUGAAAUGACUGUUUUGGAAUUGAAUGGCAAAUAAACAGGUGUGAAAGGA